ACUAGUGUCGUUGCGAGUAUUGAAGAACUUUAGUGCGACUGCGUUUUUUGUAAAUCAUCGCGAAUUUUCCAAUUAACUUGCGACCGCUCUAUUGUAUAAUUAAAAUUUGCUUAGUAAAAUCCCUUUAUUAAAUAAAAUGGCAGACAAAAAAGUCACCCCUCCCCUCGGCGCCUACCCCCAACCUCAGCCCCCGCAGGGGCCCUUCUUGCCGGCACCGCCGCAUCAGGCUGCGCCGCAAUAUGGAGUGGCGGGUGGUUCGCCCUACGGCGUCGCGUUCGGAGGCGCUGGCGCGGGGGCGGGGGGUGUGUACGCGCCUCCCCCCUACGACCAGCUGCAACACCACCAGGCCAUACCCGCGCUGAGCCAGCAGCUACCUAUGUAUAGUGGCGCAGCGGCCAUGUACGCGGCGGCUGCCGGCUACCCGGGCUACAUCGGGUACCCGGUGCAGUACUACCCCUACUACCCCGUGCAGCCCUCCAUUCAGCCCCUGAGGCCCACCAUCAUGAUUCCGAACGGUUUCGAGGCCGGCGGCCGGUUCGAGGGUCUGGCGCAGACGCUGCUGCCGCCCGCGCCGCCCGCCGUGCCGCCCUCCCCCGCGCACCUCGCCGCCAUACAGCCGCACCAAGUGCUGUGGCGUUAAGCACGUGAUUGGCCGUAACCGGCGGCGCACCGACGACAACUAAACUCGUAUACAAGGACACAAGUAAUCUCCAACUACCUUCAACGUAGAUCAGCAAUAAUAAAGUUUUCUAUCGUUACAUUAAACGGAACCUCAGCUAGCUUGAAUAUAACUAAAUAAUAUCUCAAAGUAAAUAAAUCGUGAAGAUAACUGAUGAUAAUUAGAUUGAAUAAAUCGAUGGUAAAGUAAGAUAUCUUCUUUAAAAACAUGUAUUUAACUGUAUUUUUUACAUACAAUUAUUAUGUCCUUACACGAGAUUUAGAAAUAAAUGAUAAAUGUAAAAUAUAUUUUACAUAUAAAUGAAUUAUGAAACAUUAAAAUUGAAUGCGCAUUCGUCGGUUAUACCAGCUUAGCCCGAUAUUUAACUGUGAUUUGUUAUUUGCGCGCGUUCGCCAUUUGAAUGAUAUGUCUAAAAAUUAGUUAAAAGCUCUCUAUAAUUUAACACUUAAUUUUUUGUUUUCGUUAAUAAACCAAAAAUCGACUAUUUACUCAGUUCGAAGUUAAAAAUUGAUAUUUAAUUUUUUGUUUUAGCGUAUUAUGGAUUAGUUUCAUUAAAGUCCUUUGAAUUCACGAAAUUCAAUUUAACAUUCGUUGAAUUUAAAUGUACAAAAUUUUAAUUUUCAAUGCAUUCAAAUGGCGCACGUGCUGUAGAACAGAUGAGUGACGCCGGGGGCUCACUAUAGUAUUAGGCGGUUUCGCCUCGAAACUAGCUAUAGACCGCGGGUUUGGGUGCUAUUUGUGGAAAAAAAAUUAUAAUGCUUUAUUAAGACAAAGUGUUGGAAUAUCAUUAAAAUUGUCAUGAUUUCGUAUAUCCCAUUUUUAAGAAUUUACUUUAAAAGUGAAUUUGUUUGGUUAAAAGACUAUUCAGUUUAAAAAAUUAAUUUUAACCUUUAUAAAACAAUUUGAAGUAUCAGUAUUACUGUUUUAAUAUGUAAUCAGCGAUCGGUAGGGAUGUAUUGAAUUUGUCUUGAAUAUAUUUAUAAGUAUAAGAAAGUGAUUUUCAAACCUACCCCCUUACAAAUUCUGUGCCUUUAGACAUAUCUUCAAUAAAACCUAGUUGUUUUGUAGCUUUAACGUAAGGUAGCUAUUCGUAGAUUUGCAUUGUGUUAAAAUUAUAUUUGAUUAUGCUUGCGAUAUUUAUGAUUAAUGUCGUUUUGAUAAAUCGCAUCGAAAUAGUUACAUCCCUACGCAGGUCUGAUUAUGACGCACAAAAAGCACAAAAAUCCGCGUUUAGUUAUAUUAUAAAGAUUUAAACUGGUUGUGCGUGACACGUGCGAGAGGGACGGCUGGUGUGCGAGAGCGAGAGAGAGUGAACGAUAUUUCCAUUGUAUUUAAUUUGUAUCAUAAGUACGUUUUGUUGUAGUUGUAAGUUGUUGCGUUGUUCGCGCGAUACAAAGAUUUUGUAUUGCGCGAACAUGUUGUUCUAUCCUUGCCGUUUUUUUGUAUUAAAACUUUGUUAAGGUGCUUUUAGUCGGACAGCAAAACUUACUUAUGAUUACGAGGACCGUGUAACCUGCGAUUGAUUUGUUUUUAUGAUUAUUAAACCCGAAAUAACGUAACGGGGCCUUAUGUUACUCAUUUUUGGCCGAAAUGACGCGUUUUUGUGUAAAAAAUGUAAAGAUUAAUGCUUUCAACUCGAAAUGCAGUAUCUGAAUUGGACAAUUAUAAUUGCAGUUACGAGUAUUAACAGCGAUUACACGGAUUCCUUAACUACAAUGAUGGUGAGAGUGUAGAAUCUCAAUUGUAUUGAAAUUAUUAUUUAGUUGUAUGGACUGUGUUUAGAGUUUCAGCUAAGACUUUGACAGCUUUAUCGUGAAAAUAUGCAUCCAAUAACGUGACAAUGUUUUCGAGAAAAGCAAUGAAUAAUCCUUGUUUUGAGACGAUUUAGUUUCAAACUAAAGUAAUACCGAAAUACGUGGAAAACUCUAAUUUUUCUGCAUUUAUUUUGAAAAACUAUCCCACCUUUGCACAGUCCAUAGUUCCAGUCUUAUUAUUAAAAGAAUUCAGUCACAAAUACGGUGAUGGCACACUGUACCGCUUUUGUACUGGAGUGAUUUUAGUAUUCAAUGAACAUUUGUAUUCAAGUAUUAUAACACACAGAGAGCGUUACAGCGUGUCUCACCGGGCCUCUUAUAUUUUUACUAGUUUGUGGUAUUUUUUAUUAUAUUGCAUUAUUUUUGUUAAUCAUGUUUUUCCGACGUGUGUGCGAUUUUGAAACUUGUUUUAGAAUACAAAAAUGUAUAAGAAUGUUUAGAUCUGAUAGUUGUUUUAAGGAAAUUGCGGCAGUAACUGGCCAGCGCAUUAGUAUCCCGCUUUCGAGGGACCAUAGAGUAAAUUGUUUUAACGUUCAAAACCCAGAUAUUGGCCGAGUGAUUUUUGUUUAAUGCAUUCGCUCAUCGAAGAAUCUCUUACUAAAUGCGAAUUAUAUUUGUUUACUUAUGUGCAAGUCCUACGGAAAUCUGAUUAAAUUAUUUAGACAUUUAUUUUCGUAUAUUUUAUGAUUUAUCGUCUGCAGUUGUUGAAGACUGGUUUAUCUAUUUCGAAAUUCCUAUAAAAAAAACCUACAUUUAUAAAAUUUUAUUGCCACUACAUAUGUCGGUAUCAUAUAUAUUAAUAUAAAUGCCUAACAUUUGUGUAUAUUUUGAAUAAAAUAAAAAGUUUCUUGCAUAUAAGUAAAUGAAUAUAGAAUUUGUUGAUUUAAAGUCAGUUGUAAGUAAAAGUGGGUUUUGCUCAAUCGUGUGUAUCGACUUCGGAGUCACGUGCAAUAUAUAGCAUAAUUAUUAUUUUGUUUCCAAUAAAAUUUACAAAAAUACAA